AUGGGUUGCACUACUUCUUAUCUUGCUGCUUCCUCUUCGAAUGAACUUUCUUCAUUUCCAAAAACUUCCUCUCAAACUCAAACCAGAAAUUUACCUUCUCCUCCUACAGUUACCACCACCACCAUUACUACCAUUACUAACACAGCCUCCAGUUCUGCCUCGAAUACGAAUAUACGAUUUGGUAAAUGCGUUUAUUGUACUUGCCCAUUUGUUUCUUAUAAAUGGUGUCGUAAUUGUGCUUUCCCCGCUACUUGGACUGAAGGCCCAAAAAGAAAAUUUGAUCCUUUAAAUAAACAGUGGUGUCGAAUAGGAAAUACCAAAGUUGCCCUUAAAUUAUUACACGAUUCUCAGGAAAUCACCGAAGAUUUUUUAAAUGAUAUGAAAAAGUAUUAUCAAUGUAAAAAUCGAGAAAUUUUAGUUGGAUAUUUUGGAAUUUCACAAGAUCCAACCACAAAAGAGUACAUUUUAGUAACACAAUUUGCUAAUAAAUUAGACUUACGCACAUUUAUUCUUACAAAAUAUUAUAAUAAUAAUAAUGAUUUAUUAACAUGGAAUGAAAAAAUAAAUAUACUUAAAUCUAUAGCGGAAGUGAUUAAAUCUUUACAUAAUGAAAAAUCCUUGCAAGGUGAAAAAUUAUUUCAUGUUGUCGAACAUCAAGAAUGUUCUAAAAAUAGAUUAUCGAUGAUUUCCGAAAGAAUUACGAAAAAAGUUGCUAAAACGAAUAGAAACGUUAUUAAAGUUGGCGGUCUGAGAGGUGUUGUGAGAAAGAAAUUACAAUCAAGAAAGGAAUCUUCAUUAACGACAAAUAUUCAUCCUGAAGCUUAUUAUACUAGUAGGGUAUUGGAUUUUUCCUUUAAUAGAUUAUCCAUUUCUUCUAAUUCUAAUAAUUCAUUUACGGCCGGUAAUACUUCAAAUUCUGAUGAUUUUGGUGAAGAAACAGGACAAUCAAGUUUCGCCAUCUCUGAUACGGGUUUGGAAGAUGUAAUUGAAGAUUUUAUUAUCCUUUCCAAAGAUUCUAAGGGAAAGGAAAGGGCUUGGGCAUAG